CCCCUCCAAACAAAGAAACAGUGCCCAAAUUCGACUUUCCUCACCAACUCAAUGGCCAGCAACAUCCCGGCUAGCUUGAAAUCUGCGGAUAUCGGGCGAUUCGCCCUCAGGGCAGCUCAGCUCGAACGCGCAAAGCCCGUCGUGGCCUACUGGUGCAACUUCUGGAUCGUCAAUCAGAUUAUCGAGAGAGGACUACACACUUCAGACGAUGAGGUCAAACUGUAUACAACGGAACUGGUGGACAAGCUGGAGGAAUUCAAAAACGAGAACCCCGACAAUGACGCCGUGACGGAUGCCGUGGCAGCCAAUGCCUACGUUGAGCAAUUUGCUUUGGAGGUUUUGGGACGUGCCGAGGCGACUAUGAAGGCCAACAAGGUGACAAAACAAACAGCGGACACAUUCCAAGCGGCCGCGACUUUCUUAGAAUUGUGUCAAAUUUGGAACCCUCCGGAGCCCGAAGUCGCCGCGAAGAUCAAAUUCGCCAAAUACCACGCCGUCAGAAUCAUUAAAGCAAUCAAAGCUGGAGAGGAUCCGAAUGCGUCUAACCCCGUGGUUGUCGAGGAGGAGGGAGACGAAAUGGCGGACCUAGAGCCUAGGCCCGAUGAUCCGGAAGUGCAGGCCAUUGUCGGAUCUCUGCCCCCCCAGCCGAGACAGCCUUCCGUGGAGGAAGUCCCCGAUGACUCUGAACAGGCCUCGCAGGCGCCGCUGCCGCUUGUCUUGCCGGAUACCCCAACCACGACGAGAGAUAGUACUACGGCUUACACCAGGACCGGGUCACCUUCCGGAGCAAAGGCGGAGGAUGAUACAGAACAAGGACUGGAGCUUCCCUCUGCACCAGAAACAUUUGAAUCUUCGUCCACCCCGAUGCCAGAUCUCCCGGAUACCCCGAGCAAAAUUCAUGGGAGCCAUGCUCCUGCGCCCUCCGACUCAUUUCAUUCCUUCCCGCCCCCGUCCAACAUUGGCCCCGCGACUCCGGCCGCGCCCUCUCAUGAUGCAAGCUACUUUUACACCAAGACUUCACCUAGUGCCGCAGUCCCUCCGCCAUUCGUGCAGUCUGCGUCGGGCACAGUCCCUGUAGUCACACGCCCAGCACAUCAGAACUUUUCGAUGCCUACCCCUCCAGCACCUGCGCCUGUUGCUUCACCUCCUGGUCCGACCAAUGCGCAGCCAGUUGACGAUCAAGCUAUUGCACUUGCGCAGAAGCAUGCUCGCUGGGCGGUGUCGGCGCUUACAUUUGACGAUGUCAAUACAGCGAUCAAAGAACUCAGGAACUCGCUGCGCUACCUGGGGGCAGAAUGAUCAUUCAGCACUCAGAGUGACCACUCAUCUCAUUAGACGUUGUUUGUUAUCGGAGAUACCUUAUCAUCAGUUUUGUUGAAUGAGUGUCGGGAAUAG